AUUCUAUUUAGCAAACAUCGCUGGUAUCGCAUGGCAUAGCAAUUGUGCGAAAAAGGAGAGAGAGAGCGAGAGGAGCUAUGCUCUACAUCCUAUCAACAAUGCGCACAAUGCGCUGACAAAUGGUCUAGGAAACCCUAGAUUCUUCGAGCAUCGAUGUGAGCUUGGGCCGGGUCAUAACCAUAGUCCACAAACAACACAUAUUUUUUUGUUCCGCUCAGACGAAUCAAGUCUCAUCCACUUUUCACCAUUCCGCAUUCGCCAAACUAAAAAGACAACGCAUCAGGCGGCAUAAAAAGACGAAUACGAAGAAAGCAUGUCAGUUGGCACGGUUGUCCCAUUCAUCAACGACUUUUUGGUCAUCAACGGAGAUGCCUCGACGACGAUCGGAGGCCCCGUCCCCGAAGGACGCACCAAAGUCGUCGUGCUCGAGUUCUGGGCCACUUGGUGCGGGCCAUGCCUUCAGAGCAUCCCGCAUCUGUCGGAACUGCAGCGCAAGUACAAGGAUGUGGACGUGACCAUCGUCGGUGCGACCAACGAGAAGGAUGAACAGAAAAUUCGCGACUUUGCAAACAGCAACUCGAUGGACUACACGGUUGUCAUCGACACGAACCAGUCGUUGUUCUCGAAGGUGUUCAAGGCAAGCGGUGCAACAGGUAUCCCCUUCGCAGCCGUGGUCGUCAACAACAAGAUCGUGUUUUCAGGACAUCCCAUGGACCCACAGUUUGCAAAGACUCUCGAGGACGCAGCCUCCAAGGCCUCGUCCACACGCAAGGAGCCCGUGGCCUUGCCGUUGGUCACACAGACGUACGAGGAACUGAUGCAGUUGAGACCCAAGGAAUUGAGACAGAUCUUAGAGGACCGGGGUAUCAGGACCACGGGGUGCUCGGAGAAGGGCGAUUUUGCCAAGCUCAUCGUCGAGACUUGUAGAAAUACGCAAUAUUAUCGUCAAGAGUGAUAGCGAGCGGGGUGUCAGUGCAGUUGACGAAUAAAAAAGAAGUUGGCGGUUCUUCCACA